AUGCGCUUCUUUGACUGGAGCUGCUUUAGCCAGAAGUGUGGUGUUCAGCUGCCAUCAGCCCGCAGCAGCUUUUCCCUGCUGUGUCGGGAGCAGCAAGUGAAGGUGGGCUCCCAUUUUCUUUUUAAGGAUUAUUCUCUGCAAGCAACUCUGACAAUGGCUACGAUUACAGCCUCACCUGAGCCGCACUUGACUGCCGUUAUUAACUCCGUGCAUGAUGAAGACGUUCAAAAAGCCUCGCAGGCUUUCUCCCAAGCAGACGCCUUGCCCGCCUCGCUCCUGCCAGCGCAGCAGACGAAUUUCCACACGCACAUCCAUCCACUCGCCCGCUCCUCGCACACGGACACCCGUGCGGGAGACACACCCGCAUCCCCGGGUGACCCCGCAUUCCCACCUCCGCCUCCUCCUGACCGAGCACAGCCUCUGCUCCCGCGGGGUGGCGAGGGGAGCCCUGGCAGCCGGAGCGCUCGGAGCUUUGGGGACCGUGCGGGAGGAACGCGAGGUGGAGCUCGCUUCGGGGGAGGGGGAGAUGGAGCCGGGGCGUGGGUAAGCCGCUCCCUUCUCCUUCCUCCUCCUCCUCCUCCUCCUCCUCCUUCCCCCUCGGCUGCUCCCGUCUGGCAGCCUGGCGGCCGCUGCCUCCGGCCGGAGCCGCCGCACUUGGGAAGCGGCCCCCGCGCUGCCGCCGGGAUGGGGACGCCGCUGGCGGCUCCCGGAUUCCUGCUCCUCCUGGCCGGCACCACGGGGCUCUGCCGGGCUCUCUUCUCGCUGCCGCUCCGCGUGUCCCGUCCCGCCGCCCCCGGCGGGUCCCCGCCCGCCCCGGUGGUGCUGCGGCCGGGGGGCAGCGCCCCGCAGCAGGACCCCGCCGGGGGCGCGGACGGCUUGGCCCUGGCCUCGGAUCCCGGCGGCACCCUCAACUUUUUGGCCAUGGUGGAGAACCUCCAGGGCGACUCCGGCCGCGGCUACUACCUGGAGAUGCUGAUCGGGACCCCGCCGCAGGCGUUAAAUAUUCUGGUUGACACUGGGAGCAGUAAUUUUGCAGUGGCAGGUGUGCCUGAUCCUGAUGUCACCUCCUACUUCGAUGCUGAGCUGUCAAGCACGUACCGAUCUGAAGGGAUUGAAGUCACAGUAAAGUACAGUCAAGGAAGCUGGACUGGAGUGCUGGGUACAGAUGUCAUUACUAUGCCCAAAGGAAUCUAUGGCAGCUACACUAUCAACAUUGCCACCAUCCUGGAGUCAGAGAACUUCUUCUUACCCGGGGUUAAAUGGCACGGGAUUCUUGGCCUUGCCUACGACACCUUAGCCAAGCCUUCAAGUUCUGUGGAGACGUUCUUUGACUCUCUUGUGAGGCAGGCAAAGAUCCCCAACAUCUUCUCCUUGCAGAUGUGUGGUGCUGGACUCCCUGUUUCUGGAAGUGGUACCAACGGAGGUAGUCUUGUCCUGGGUGGAAUUGAACCGAGUCUGUACACGGGGGAUAUUUGGUACACACCCAUCAAAGAGGAGUGGUAUUACCAGGUGGAAAUUCUCAAACUGGAGGUUGGGGGUCAGAACCUCCAACUGGACUGCAGAGAGUACAAUGCUGAUAAAGCAAUAGUGGACAGUGGAACCACACUCCUUCGUCUGCCAGAGAAAGUCUUCAGUGCUGUGGUGCAGGCAAUAGCUCGAACGUCCCUGAUACAGGAAUUCUCUUCUGGUUUCUGGACUGGUUCCCAGCUUGCAUGCUGGGAUAAAACUGAAAGACCCUGGUCCUUAUUUCCCAAACUCUCCAUUUACCUGAGGGAUGAAAACUCCAGUAGGUCGUUUCGGAUCUCUAUCCUACCACAGCUCUAUAUCCAACCCAUCCUCGGAAUAGGGGAGAAUUUGCAGUGCUACCGGUUUGGCAUCUCUUCCUCCACAAACGCUCUGGUUAUUGGUGCUACAGUCAUGGAAGGCUUCUAUGUGAUCUUUGACAGAGCCCAGAGGAGAGUGGGCUUUGCAGUGAGUCCGUGUGCAGAAGCUGAUGGCUCUCCAGUCUCUGAGAUUGAAGGCCCUUUCACAACAGCAGAUGUUGCCAGCAACUGUGUUUCCAGCCUUUCUUUCCACGAGCCCGUGUUGUGGAUUGCCUCCUAUGCUCUCAUGAGCCUGUGUGGAGUGAUCCUCCUGGUGCUGAUCAUCCUGCUGCUCAUCCCACCCCGGUGCCAGCACCGCUACACGGACAAUGACGUGGUCAAUGACGAAUCCUCCCUAGUGCGUCACCGGUGGAAGUGAGAAACUCGAUCCUGAAAAACCUGGGGCUCCCAGCAGAACGAAGACCAGAGAACUUUGCCAAGGGGAAGAAGCCAAUGCCUCGGUCCUUUCUACGCCCAUUGCAAAUUGCUGUUGAAAUCCCACCAAAUAUCCUGCAUCGUAACUUUUAUAGCUUUAUUUUUUUCUAACACUGAUUCUGAACCAAAGCACUGUUAAACACCUCUGAAGUGCUACGGUACUGGAUUUGCUACUGCAGUGCAACGAGCCUUUAUGCUCUCAACAGUACCUUCUUUAAAAAAAAAAAAUCUAAAGAAAAAGAUUUAAAAAAAAAAAUAUAAAAAACCACACCGUCAUGUUCUUCCACUGUCUGAACAAAAUUGUCCAUCUCUCUUUCACAAAAAAAGGACCUGUCAGUAUUUUCUAACUAAUCGAGCCCUGACUGUAGAAAAAGAGAAAAAAAAACUUUAAUAAUCUUUCUUAUUAAUUGCAUUAAAUGAAUCCUGCUUUCUGUUUACACCACUUUAUUUUGAAACUGUGCUUAUGGUGCGGGGGAGGGAGAAAAGUCAGGCAGAAAAGUAAGCAGCAGAGGGAGAAAAGCAAGUGAGGUCAAGAGGAAAUGUUGGUUUGUGGUUUCUUCUCCUCAAGAUCACUGCUGCCACUUGAGAGGGUGACCCUCCCUGAGUGUUACGAAACAGCUCGAGGUGGUGAAAACUGGGUAAACAAACUUGUUCAGCCUUAGUGUAAAACAAGACUACCUCUCGUAAUUCACAAGGAUGCUACCACUGGUGAGCGUGUGGCUUAGGACUGGUCUUGAAGCACAAGAUGCUCCAUCCAACCAAAUGGAACUGCUUGGCUUUGAAUUCUUUGGAUUUUAUAAAAAUUAGUACUUCGUGACUUUCCACUUUGGUGCACAAACAAAACAAAACAAAACAAAAAAAAAAGGCCUUUCAGUUUUCCCCCUGGUGUGGGAGUUUGUUUGUUUUUUUUGAGUUGAGGCUGACUGAUACCUAGAAAAGGCUGAUCUGCAUAUGUAUGGGCAGGCAAUAAAGCAAAGGUCUGUGUUCUGUGAUGUCUUUCUCUAUUUCUAGUGAGUGUGUAACUAAAAGGAAACAACAAAAUAAGAAAGACAACCUUUUUUUUUUUUUUUUUUUUUUUGCCGAGCUCAGCAACUAUGAGUUCAAAAGAGAAGUAUCUGUCUUUAUGGACAGGCCAUGAAGUGAAAGUCUUAAUGCUGGCUUGUUUUCCAACUCGAACAGCAGUUGGAGGUGUUUAGUUUUAGCUUCACCGCUGUGUCAAUCAAAUGAAAAGUGUGUGUGGACUGACUGGCUGAAAACAAACAUAUGGUAAAACUGAGAACAAUAGUGGGAGGGAGCAGGGAGGAGUAUAUUUGACCAGCUUUCUAUUCUGCAAGUGCGGAUCUUAAUGCUGGGGUCAGAACUUGGGCUUUUCUUUGCAGAUAGGACAGUUUUUCUUGUCUCUAGUCAGUGAGCAUUGCAGGACCUCCAUGGCUUCUCUGUAACACUGGCCAGUGUUUGGAUUUGAAGGAUAAACAAUGCAAGGCUGAGGAUUUCACUGAUAACUAUUAGUUAUCUUGGGAGGUAUUUUUAUAUAUAUGAAAAAAAGGAAAAAGUUAUUCCUUUGCAUUCUGGUAGCAGAGCAGUUUGCAUAUCCAUGUGGGAAACCAGGAGAGAAAAAAAAAAA